AGUCAUUUUGGUUUUCAUUUGUUGUAGCUAUGUAUUUUGUGUUGGCACAGAGUUCAUGUUAGUACAUGCUAUUUCUGGCCUCAUUAUCUGCCAUCUCUCUCCAGCAGUCUUUGCAGCGUUUCAUGAGCAGAGCUCCCUGAAGUUUCCACACAAUCUCAACUAUUCUCGCCGAGCCCAUCAAAACUCGCGCGACCCAAGUGUUUUGAGAGGAACUGGCCACCAAACAGCAGACCGGCGCAACGCUGCGGUUAGCAUGCUACACUGUCGAGGACCGUCUCAGAGCUUAUUUAACGCUAAAUAAUCUUCACACGAUGUCAUGACUACAGCUUUUUUCUGCCUAUCCAAGUGGAGCGAACGCACAGCGGAGACAAUGCGUUCUCGUCGCACUCGGUAAUGAGCGAUUUGUGUCUCAUCUGUUGCGAGAAGACAAACGAGCAGAGCCGCCCGUCGUUGCUAUGGAGAGACUGCUCCUGUCAGGCCGGGGCGGCUAGGCCCGAGCGUCGCCUGCGCUUUGUAGUUGUGUGCGGGACUGGACUGGAGCGCGCCAGCAGCGGAUUACUCCCAGAUUUGAGCUCUAGAGGAUCACUGCAACGGCACUGUUUGCUAGAAGAGAUGAUUGUUUCCAGCUGAAAGCUCAGCUGAUGGUUUCCAGCAUGAGGCCAGAGGUUUUCAGAUUAAAACUUCAUUAAGGUGACAAAAAGGUUGGUUUUGUAUUCUCUGUACUGAAAGAUUGUGAGGACUACAGACCAUGCCUCCAAGGCCUUCUUCUGGAGAAUUAUGGGGCAUCCACUUGAUGCCCCCCAGGAUUCUGGUGGAUUGUCUGUUACCUAACGGCAUGAUCCUGACCCUUGAGUGCCUCCGUGAGGCCACGCUUAUCACCAUCAAGCAUGAACUGUUCAAGGAAGCCAGGAAGUACCCCCUCCACCACCUGUUACAAGAGGAGACCUCCUACAUCUUUGUCAGCGUAACACAGGAGGCUGAGCGGGAAGAGUUUUAUGACGAGACUAGGAGACUCUGUGAUCUCAGGCUCUUCCAGCCUUUCCUAAAAGUCAUCGAACCUGUGGGCAACAGGGAGGAGAAAAUUCUCAACCGAGAAAUUGGUUUUGCAAUUGGUAUGCCUGUGUGUGAGUUUGAUUUGGUGAAGGAUCCUGAAGUGCAGGACUUCAGGAGAAAUAUUCUUAAUGUCUGCAAAGAUGCAGUAGAACUCCGAGAUGCUAAUGGACCCCAUAGUAGAGCAUUAUAUGUUUACCCUCCGAAUGUGGAGUCAUCGCCAGAGCUUCCAAAGCACAUCUUUGGCAAAUUAGACAAAGGUCAAAUCAUUGUGGUCAUCUGGGUGAUUGUGUCACCCAACAAUGACAAGCAGAAAUACACUUUGAAGAUCAACCACGACUGUGUCCCUGAGCAGGUGAUAGCAGAAGCCAUUAGAAAGAAGACGCGAAGCAUGCUGCUAUCUGCUGAGCAGCUGAAGAUGUGUGUGCAGGAGUAUCAGGGCAAAUACAUCCUCAAAGUGUGCGGCUGUGAUGAGUACCUGCUGGAAAAGUACCCCAUCAGUCAGUAUAAGUAUGUGAGGAGUUGCAUUAUGCUGGGAAGAAUGCCAAACCUUAUGCUGAUGUCUAAGGAUAGCCUGUACUCUCAGCUGCCCAUGGACAACUUCACCAUGCCAUCCUACUCACGCCGUAUAUCCACAGCCACGCCAUACAUGAACGGGGAGGCCUCUAGCAAAUCCUUAUGGACCAUCAACAGCACCCUAAGGAUACGUGUCCUCUGUGCCACAUAUGUCAAUGUGAACAUCCGGGAUAUUGAUAAGAUUUAUGUCCGAACAGGGAUCUACCAUGGAGGAGAGCAGAUGUGUGACAACGUAAACACGCAACGCGUGCCCUGUUCAAACCCAAGGUGGAAUGAGUGGCUUACGUAUGACAUGUACAUUCCUGACAUUCCCCGGGCUGCUCGUCUAUGUUUGUCCAUCUGCUCCGUGAAGGGGAGGAAGGGCGCGAAAGAGGAGCACUGUCCACUGGCUUGGGGAAACGUGAACUUGUUUGACUACACGCACACGCUGGUCGCUGGGAAGAUGGCACUGAACCUGUGGCCAGUGCCACACGGCCUGGAAGAUCUCCUUAACCCCAUUGGCGUCACAGGCUCCAACCCUAACAAGGAAACCCCAUGUCUUGAGCUGGAGUUUGACUACUUCAGCAGUCCUGUGAAGUUCCCUGACAUGACCACAAUAGAGGAUCACGCUAAUUGGAUCAUAUCCAGAGAGAUGGGAUACAAUUACUGCCAGUCUGGACAGAGUAGCAGACUGGCUCGUGACCACAUCAUAACAGAUGCUGAUAUUGAGUUGCAGCUGCGGCAACUGGCCAACAGAGACCCACUUUCUGAGAUCACUGAGCAGGAGAAAGACUUCCUGUGGAGGCACAGACAAUAUUGUGUAAAUAUACCUGAGAUCCUUCCUAAGAUUCUGCUUGCAGUAAAAUGGAACUCCAGGGAUGAAGUCGCACAGAUGUAUUGCCUGCUGAAAGACUGGCCUGCAAUAAAACCAGAACAAGCCAUGGAGUUGCUUGACUGCAAUUAUCCAGAUCCGAUGGUUAGAGACUUUGCAGUACGGUGCCUUGAAAAGUAUUUGACUGAUGAUAAACUGUCCCAGUACCUUAUUCAGUUGGUUCAGGUUUUGAAGUAUGAGCAGUAUCUCGACAACCCAUUAGUGCGAUUUCUGCUAAAAAGGGCCUUAACCAACCAGAGGAUUGGACAUUUCUUUUUCUGGCAUUUGAAGUCAGAGAUGCACAACAAAACAGUGAGCCAGCGCUUUGGCCUGCUGCUGGAGUCAUACUGCCGGGCCUGCGGCAUGUACCUGAAGCACCUCAGCAGGCAGGUGGAGGCCAUGGAGAAACUAAUUAACCUCACAGACAUCCUUAAGCAGGAAAAGAAGGAUGAGACCCAGAAGGUGCAGAUGAAGUUUCUGGUGGAGCAAAUGAGGAGGCCAGACUACAUGGAUGCCCUUCAAAGCUUCACCUCCCCACUUAACCCAGCCCACCAGCUGGGGAACUUGAGGCUUGAAGACUGCAGAAUUAUGUCAUCAGCCAAGAGGCCACUGUGGCUCAACUGGGAAAACCCUGACAUAAUGUCGGAGCUUCUCUUCCAGAACAACGAGAUUAUCUUCAAGAACGGUGAUGACUUGAGGCAAGAUAUGUUGACACUUCAGAUCAUUAAAAUAAUGGAGAACAUCUGGCAGAACCAGGGACUCGAUCUCAGAAUGCUUCCCUAUGGCUGCUUAUCCAUUGGGGAUUGUGUGGGUCUGAUUGAAGUUGUGAGGAGCUCUCACACCAUCAUGCAAAUCCAGUGCAAAGGAGGUCUCAAAGGAGCACUACAGUUCAACAGCUCCACACUUCAUCAGUGGCUGAAAGACAAAAACAAGGGAGAGACGUAUGAUAUGGCCAUUGACCUGUUUACACGGUCCUGUGCUGGCUACUGCGUGGCCACCUUCAUUCUGGGCAUCGGUGACAGACAUAACAGUAAUAUCAUGGUGAAGGAUGAUGGACAGCUAUUUCACAUAGAUUUUGGCCACUUCUUGGAUCAUAAGAAGAAGAAGUUUGGGUACAAGCGAGAGCGAGUCCCAUUUGUCUUAACCCAGGACUUUUUAAUAGUGAUUAGCAAAGGAGGAACUCAAGAAUGCACCAAGACGAGGGAGUUUGAGAGGUUCCAGGAGAUGUGCUACAAGGCGUACCUGGCCAUCCGGCAGCAUGCAAACCUGUUUAUCAACCUCUUCUCCAUGAUGCUUGGCUCAGGAAUGCCCGAGUUGCAGUCCUUUGAUGACAUUGCCUACAUCCGUAAGACCCUUGCGCUGGACAAGACGGAGCAGGAGGCUUUGGACUACUUCAUGAAGCAGAUGAACGACGCUCAUCAUGGCGGAUGGACCACCAAGAUGGACUGGAUCUUCCACACCAUCCGACACCAUGCUCAGAACUGACCUGGAGAAGAGCGGAGCCCACUGGAAAGAUCUUGAGCCAGCUAGUGGACCCUUGCCCUGCUGCUUACUGGUCUGUGUAGGCCAGUAUAAGCGUGGCAGUCAGACCUCAUGUACAAAAAUGGGGUGAUGCCCCAACUGACAUUCAGAGCACUAAACAAUCCAGAAUUUGUUUUUGUUCAUUUUCUGUCUAACCCUUUUCUGUGGCAUCCAUACAGAAUAAUACUAACCCUAAUAUUUGUCCAGAAUGGUUGUAUGUUGUAGCCUGUAGUUUUAUACUUUUUUUUUUUUUUUUCCUUUUCUUUUUGGUAUGUUUUUGCUGCUCUUUUACCUGGAGAGACCAUGAUAAUUUAGUUUCAUUUUGAGGAAGGAAAGAAUCCUCAAAAUGGGAAGCGUUCUUUAUUUCUGGAGCGCUUUUCAGGAUGUUCAUGUCUUCCUCCAAGUACUAACGCCUUUAAAAUAUGCAUGGAACCUCUGAGAACUCCUAGACUAAACAGGGUAAGAAUUUUGUCGUUCGGUUUGAGACCUUGCUCUCCAAAACAGACCCCUAAAAGAUGGUUGCUUAGAACAUUAAGCAGAUGUUGUAGAGUUGGCACCUCCUGUGACCUUACAUGAACACUUGGCUCUUGAAAGCUGUUACACUCGAUCACUACAAAGAUUUUUAAUUUUUUUUUUUAAACUCUACUCCUCCACCGUCCUAAAUGAUCACUAGGCCAAAAUGAUAGUCUAUAAAUACCUGGAGAUGUGGUAGGAGGUGUUUAUUAGGAUUAUGAAUUUAAAGAGGAACAAUUUAAUGCUAUUUUUAUGGUUUCGUAGUUAAAUACAAACCAUAAGCCAUUAAACACUAACAGUAAAAUGAGAUCAUUUGUCUCUCUGUUUGAUAUGCAAGUGUCCCUUCUACAUCAUGAUGCAUAAUUUAUUAUUCCAACAGUGAAAAUUCUUACUCCUGUGAAACAUGAGUAGAUUUUUUUUUAGAUUUCCCACUACAUACCAUUCUGGCCCAGCAUAGAUGAGCGGGUGAGAGAAUUGUGCCAGCAGACACACUAGCACUGUAUAGAUAAAG